UUUGACUCAGUAGAGUGCGCAUACAUUUCCAUCGGACUUCGUUUUGUAUGACAACCUAUGACUAAUUCCACUACCUUCCAAUGAGUAGUAUGUUGAUGGGUCUCACAGCUAAACCCUAAGGCAAUCCCAUUAACAGGCUUUACGAAACACCAAAACAUAAUUCGUUUACAUUCCAUGAUGAUGCGUGACUCUUGGUUAAGAGAAGUGGCAAAGUGCAUAUUACUAUUGACUCUUACUGGCGUUUUGUGGAGUCUUCCCUUUGUCAGAGGCGAAACAUGUAAUUCCAACCUAAAAAUUCGACCCGUUGUCGACAUCUCUUCACGUUCAGAGAAAAACAGUUUACCCAUUGGUGCCUCUUUAACCCUGACUUGUACAGCGGAGCCCAGAAGGAUAGACUCAGUUUAUGUGGAUAGAUGGGUCGAUUAUGUCGAGUGGUACGAUCCACAGGGUAGACAAGUUGGAGCAAAAUGCCGACAGCCCUCAAACAUACAUGCUCAUAAACUUAAAUUAAGCUGCCCAUUAGUGCUCAAAAAUUUGACAGUUAACAAAUUUGGGCGCUACACUUGCCAAGCGGGCAAUGGUCACCCAAAACACUGCACAAGGAAACCAUUUGAAAUAGAGAUCCAAGAUGCCCAAAUACCCGAGAUUGUUGAAGGUCCAAAGAACCAAAGUGCCUCGUUUGGUUCCAAUGCUACAUUUAGCUGCACUGUUAAGGGUCUUCCCAGGCCAACUAUUCAUUGGAUAAAGGACAAUGCUUCAUAUUCUUUACAGUCGCAUCCCAGAACAAGUGUCAUUCAGGACGACAAAAAAAUUCGCAGCCUGCUCUUAUUAACAAGAGUAAAGAAGGAAGAUUAUGGAAAAUAUCAGUGCAUUGCAAGUAACGGUGUCGGUAGAAAAGAAUCAGGAGUUGUUUUCCUAAUCCCAAGGAAUUUAGGAAAGCCGGAGAUAGUCGAACAUCCAAGAAGUCAAACUUAUUCUGUUGGUUCCGACCUAGUUUUCAACUGCACCGCCACUGGUCUUCCCAAGCCAAACAUUACAUGGAUUAAGAACAAUGAUCCAAAUGUUACAAAAACCAAUCCAAGGUUCAAAACCAUUCUUGAUUUAGAUGACACAAGAUGCCACAGCGUGCUGCUGAUAACAGACGCGACGAAGGAAGAUGCAGGGACAUAUCAAUGCUUUGUAAAUAACAGUGUAGGAGAGAAGACAUCAAAUGUGGCUUUUUUACACUUGAAGGAAGGCAAGUUAUCAAAUCAAGGGAACAAUUCAUGUUGA